AUGCGACUAUUAUCAUACGACUUUAACGUCAUACAUAAAAGUGGAGAUUCAAACAUGUCGGAUUUCUUGAGCAGACACCCAGACACAGGAAAACACAAACAAACAAGUGUGGCAGAGGAAUAUGUUAAUUUCCUGGCAUAUCAUGAUGUCCCUGUAGCCAUGAACAUGAAUGAAAUAAUUCAAGCAACAUCCCAGGACGUUGACCUCCAAAUGGUCAUUAAAUAUGUCAAAUCUGGAAACUGGAAUAACCCAAGAAAAAACAAAAUAAUUGAUACCCUGUCACGCUGCAAAAACGAGCUGUCGGUAGUAAAUCUUCAAAAUGGUGAAAUUCUGCUGCAUGAGUCCAGGAUUGUUAUCCCUAGGCAAUUACAAGAUAAAGUGAUAUCAUUAGCUCAUGAGGGUCAUCAGGGAAUUGUUAAAACCAAACAAUUAUUAAGAGAGAAAGUGUAUUUCCCAGGCAUGGAUCAAUUAGUAGAAGCAAAAUGCAAAAGUUGCAUUCCGUGUCUAGCAGCAACAAAUAAAAAGACUCAAGAACCGCUGCAAAUGAGUGAAAUGCCAAAAUAUGCGUUUCAGGUAGUUAGCUUGGACUUUUGUGGACCAUUUCCAGAUGGAAAGUAUUUACUCGUGCUAAUAGAUGAAUACUCACGUUUCCCGUUCGUUGAAGUACUUAAUUCAAUCACAGGCAACACGGUGAUUCCUGUGCUAGACAAAAUUUUCUCAGAAGCAGGGAUUCCAGAAGUGUUAAAGUCGGACAACGGAAGUCCCAUGAAUUCACACCAGUUCAAAGAUUUUGCUAAGCAUUUGGGUUUCAAACACAAGAAAAUAACUCCGCUGUGGCCGCAGGCAAAUGCUGAAUGUGAACGCUUCAUGAAAACAAUAGGCAAAACAAUCAGAGCUUCCCAUGUCCAUCAUUCUGAUUGGAAAAAAAGACAUGUAUGCUUUUCUGAGAAAUUACAGAUCGACACCGCACGGAACGACAUCCGAAACACCCUCUGA